UCUAUUGAAACCGUUGCCAAGGAAACAAAAAUUAUUUGUCGGACAUUUUUGUACAAACGAGUGCCCUGGAGGAUUUACUUAAAUAAAACACAAUUCUUUCUAUCUAGAUUACCAAAACAGUAGUAUUUUUUUCAUUUAAUCUCUUUAAUAAUGGGUGGUGAGCAUUUGGCAAUAGCUGAUAAACAGGAAGGUGGAUUUUGUUCGGCGACGUGUAUCGACAAAGUUUGCUUACAAAAUGAAAUUAAGAAGCCUGAAAUAAAGACAUCUGAUUUGUAUGCAACUUGUAAUCUACCAAAGAGAUUUGAACACCCUCAUUGGUUCAAUGGCUACGGAUGUCAGAAGAGUAACCAGCACCCAUUGUACCGGACCACAUCCAGUGAAUACGGAUGGUAUCCACCCGGUAUCCACUCCGUGCCCGCAUCUUACUUCCCGAAGAGUCAGGACUUCUCUAACAUUAUGGCUGUCUCUGGAAUGUAUCGAAACUAUUCUCUGAAUAUGUGAAUAAAUUUAUUAAUAAUUUGAUUGAAGACGAUACGAUUCAAACUUUAUAGCGGCAUGUAGUUACGAAUCGACGGCUGAUGGAGUAACAGUUAGAACAGAAAAUGGUGCGCAGAAGUGUGACCCACCCUUUACGGACGUACACCGAUACAUACUCGUAAAACUGUGUUCUGCACGAAACUCGUGUGAAAUUAAAAGCCGACAUAAAUCUUGAAUGUCACUUUACUUUUAUUUAAAUCGUAUUAAGAAUAUUUUAUUUUAAGUUUUAUUUUCUAUG